AUGGAUUUGGAGGGUGCAAAAAUGGGAGAAGUGGACGGCGACGAGCUGCUGGAAGCUCAAUCUCACAUAUGGAACCACAUCUUGGCGAUCAACAAGUCGAUGGCUCUAAAAUAUGCGGUUCAAGUUGGCAUACCAGACAUCAUCCACCGCUAUGGCCCCAACCCCAUGCCGCUCUCUAAACUUGUCUCCGCCCUUCAACUCCACCCGCAAAAGACACCUCACAUGCAUCGCUUAAUGCGUGUAUUGGUUCACUCUGGCUUCUUUCGAACACAAAAACUAAGUGAACAAAACGGUGAAGAGGAUGAGGGAUAUGUGCUCACUAAUUCAUCUCGUCUUCUUGUUACAACCAACCCUUUGACUCUAGCUCCUUACGUGUUUUUUGUUUUUGAAUCGCCUUUAUUCCAGUCAUGGCGCUCCCUCCCAACCUGGCUCCAGACUGAGGAUCGAUCACCCUUUGAUACAGCCAAUGGAGUCUCGUUUUGGGAGUGUCUUGGGAAUGACUCGACGGAUGAUGGCGACAUCUUUAAUAAGUCCAUGGCGAGUGAUGCUAAGUUUGUGAUACGUAUUUUGUUGGAGAAAUAUAAAGAUGUGUUCGAUGGGUUUGGUUCGUUGGUUGAUGUGGGAGGUGGGACUGGAAAUGUGGUCAAAUCCAUUGCUCAAGCUUUCCCUAAGAUGGAAUGCACUGUGUUUGAUCUCCCACAGGUUGUGGCUGAUUUGAAAGGCGAAGGCAACUUUAAAUAUGUUCAAGGGGACAUGUUCCAUGCCAUUCCUCCAGCUGAUGCAAUUCUAUUGAAGUGGAUACUACAUGAUUGGAACGAUGACGAAUGUGUGAAGAUUUUGAAGAACUGCAAGGAAGCAAUUAUGGGCAAUAAAAAGAAUGGAAAAGUGAUAGUAAUUGAUAUGGUGGUAGGCAACAACAAAAGAGAUGACUUCAUUGAAACUCAACUUUCCUUCGAUAUGGUAAUGAUGCUGAUGUUAGGUGGAAAAGAGAGAGAUGAAAAACAAUGGGCUCAACUCAUCAAAGAAGCUGGAUUUAGUGGCUACAAGAUAUUUCCAAUUCUGGGUUUGAGGUCUCUUAUCGAAAUUUAUCCUUAACCAAAGCUUGUCAUGUA